AUGGAUGAUUUCACUGUCUACGGAGACUCUUUCGACUCGUGCUUGCAACAUUUGGAUGUGGUGCUAGAAAGGUGCCAAGCAAAGAGUCUGGUUUUAAAUUUUGAGAAAUGCCACUUUAUGGUUACAGAAGGAAUUGUCUUAGGACACGUGGUGUCAGAAAAGGGAAUCCAAGUGGAUCAAGCUAAGGUGGAUGUCAUAUCCAAACUACUCCUUCCCUACUGGAUUUUAUCGAAGAUUUAUCAAGGAUUUCUUGCCAAGAUUGCCCGACCCCUUACCAGACUUCUCCAGAACGAGGUGGAGUUCAUUUUCGACGAGCAUUGCAAGGCUGCUUUCAACCUCCUUAAGGAAAAAUUGAUUUCUGCACCGAUUAUUCAGGCUCCUAACUGGGAUCACCCCUUCGAGGUGAUGUGCAAUGCUAGUGACUAUGCAGUGAGGGCCGUACUGGGUCAGAAGAUCGAUGGGAAAAGAGAUGCAUACGAGUUCUGCAAAGGCUGUGACCGUUGCCAACUGACCGGUGGGAUCUCCGCGAGGGACGAAAUGCUGCAAGUUUCAGUAAUUGUUUGUGAGGUGUUCGACAUCUGGGGUAUGGACUUCAUGGGUCCUUUUCCCUCAUCUUAUGGGAACUCCUACAUCCUGGUGGCAGUUGACUAUGUAUCAAAGUGGAUAGAAGCCAAAGCCACAAGCACUUGUGAAUCUAAAGAAGUCACCAAGUUCCUCAAGAGUCAUAUAUUCAGCCGAUUUGGGAUACCAAGGGCAAUCAUCUCCGAUCAAGGGACUCACUUCUGCAACCGAAUGGUCGAAGCAUUGAUGAAGAAGUACGGAGUUCAUCACCGCCUAUCUAGUCCUUACCACCCUCAAGCCAACGGGCAAGCAGAGAUCUCAAAUAGGGAAAUAAAGAGCAUUUUAGAAAAGACAGUCAACCCCUCCAGAAAAGAUUGGAGCACAAGGUUGGAGGAUGCUCUGUGGGCAUAUCGGACAGCCUACAAAACUCCUAUCGGGAUGUCCCCCUAUCGCAUCGUCUUUGGGAAGAUGUGCCACUUGCCAGUAGGAAUUGAACACCGAGCGUACUGGGCAGUUCAGCAGGUUAACGUGGAUGCUAAGGCCUGUGAAGAGGAAAGGAAGCUACAACUACAAGAGCUGGAAGAACUCAGAUUGGAGUCGUUCGACUCAGCCAUGUGCUUUGAAGGCGAGUGCAGAGACUGGGAGGGCGCGUGGAGCAGAGACGUGACAGAAGACGUCCAAUCAGCUGCGAGAAUGCUCAACCGCCUCCCACCCGAAGCGUCGCAACCUGGCAACCGCCUACAACCGGUCAAAACCCUCAACUGCCCAAGUACAAACCCUUACCUGCAUUCUCUCAUCCACAACCACCACCCCACUCCGAAAACUACCACCCCACUACGAAAACCACCGUGA